AACCCAACAGGGACAGAUGGAGGGGAUUUCCAUCAAUUAAAAACAGAAAGUGAUUUCCCCCAUACCCCCCCAUCCUCCCUCCACCACCACACACCCCCACUGUUUGAGUGGAUCCCCGCCUCCCAUUUCUAUCCCUCCAUACCCUCGUAAAACCCUAGAGACGAUCGUCUGGUUAUGAAUAAACAUGGAUCCAUCUGCCCUCUGGACAGUGAAGUAAAGGCUGUUGAGCAAGCUGUGUCUGACAUUGAAGGAGCUCUGAAGUCUAUUUCUGACGAUAUUCUUGAUGAAAACUGCAAAAUGAUGGGUGAGGAACAAGGCAAGGAAGUUGCCCGCGAUGAAAAACACAGGAGGUUGAAGGGAGUAAUGCGCGUGGGAGCAUUUGCCCGGAGUCUGAUGCUACGUGGAGAAUGUACAGUUGAUCUCGUCCUCAUGUGUACCGGGAGACCCACAGCUGCACUGUUCCAUGACAUUGCUCGCCGCAUGCCAGCCAAGUUCGAAGAGCUGUCCAGUGAAGUGGUGUACAACGUGAGCCAGGAGGUGGGAAGUGCGGCCAUCUUGGUCAUCUCCCAGGUAGAGGACCACAGGGUACAAGUCACUCUCACCCUGACCUCCACCGAGAUGAGAGACAAGCCCUCCCCGGAACUGAUCCUUGCUGACCAGGAGGCAGGAGUGCUCCACCGGCCGUCGUGUUUGGCAGCCCUAGCGGCUCUGCGCCACACGAAAUGGUUCCAGAUGGUGGCCCAGGGCCUGCCGUCCUGCAGUAUUUUGAUGAGGGUGUUGAAAGAUAUCUGUCGCCGUGUCCCUGCCUGGGGCGUGCUUAACUCCUGGAUUCUGGAGCUGCUGGUGCAGAAGAGUCUGACGAGUGCCAAUCCUGACUACACCAGACCUGGCGACGUGUUCCGACGUGUAAUGGAGUGUGUGGCGUCCGGAAUAUUCCUUCCUGGUGGGAGUGGUCUUCAGGACCCAUGUGAGAAAGGCGUAGCCGAUGCCUCGUCUCUCUCCGCUCAAGAGCGAGUCAACAUAACACUCAGUGCUCAGCAUGCUCUGAGGCUGGUAGCAUUUGGGAAGGCCCACCUUGUGUUGGGUGUGGACCCUCUGCCUCUUCCUGGGGCCAAGAGAGAGCCAGCCACCGCCGGGGAGAAGGUGAGGCCAGAGGAGGGAGACAAGACAGGGAACGAGACAAUCGCUGAGCCCGAUGCUAAGAGACCUCGUGUGGCUGCUGAGGGGACGCCGGAAUAG